AAAAUAAAUAAACGUUGAAAAAAAAUUAAAAAAAAAAAUAAAAUUAACCACAUCUUUGGCAACUCCAGAAAAAAAUUAUGCUGCAAAAAAUUUAGAGAGUCAUAAAUGACUUUAUUCUGAAAGGAUGGCUUACUGGAGCUGAAUCAGACAUCUUCCAGCAAUUGCUUUGGGAAACUAUUCUUGUAGAGUGAUAAAUUGUUGUUGACUCAGCUGUGAGGUGCAUGAAUAUCCAUACUUGUGUACCAUAUUUUUUUUUCCAUUGUUGCUAUAAAAAAUUACCACAAAGUUGCUUAAAACAAAAAAAAUGUAUUACCUUACAGCUUUUUAGGUCUCAUGUCUGGUAUAGGUAUCACUGGGAUAAAUCAAAGUGUUGGCAGGAGUGCAUGUCUUUCUGGUGGCUCUAAAAAAGAAUCUGUUUCUUUGUCUUUUCCAACUUCUAGAUGCUGCCUACAUUACUUGACUCAUGUCACCUUUCAUCCAUUGUCAAAACCAAAUAUUGUAUCUCUUAAACAGAUUAUUCCAUAAUCAUAUCUCCUUUUGACCAUUCCCAACAAAAGUUUUCCCACCCAGAUAAUCCAGGAUAAUCUUCCCUUCAUAAGAUCUUCAAUUUAAUUACAUCUAUAAACCUUUUGUCAUGUAAGAUACAUAUUUACAGAUUUGGGGAAUUCGGAUGUCUUUGGGUGGGUAGCCAUUAUUCUAUCUACCACAGAUUGGCUGCUUGGAAGAAAAUCAUUCAGUCUAGCAAUACCACUGGUAGCCAAUGGAAAGCACAUAAAGGUCUUUAUAACAGGAAUUUAGGCCUCAUUGAUUAGAUGCUUUAAUCCCAGACAAGGUAUUUAACAAACUUCUAAGAAUUACUAAGAAAAACACUGAAUUGAUAAAGAUAUGAAGCUUACUGCAAUUCAAUUCAAAUUAUAGAAAUGGAAAGUCUGAACAAAUACAUACAAAUCUGAAAGGGACUUGUAUCUAGGAUAUACAAAGAACGCUUGUAACUCAAUUAUGAAAAGAUAAAUAAUCCAGUUUAAAAUGGACAAAGAUCUGAAUAGAUGGUUUUCUAAGGAAGAUAUGCAAAUGGACAAUAAGCACAUGAAAAGAUGCCCAACAUCAUUAGUCAUCAGAGAAAUACAAAUUAAAAUCAUGUGAUACAACUUCAUACCCACUAGAGUGGGUAGAAUCAAAAAGUCAGAUAACCAAUGUUGGAAGGAUGUGGGAAAACUGGAAUGCUGAUACAAAGCUGAUGGGAAUGUAAAAUGGUGCAGCCACCUUGGAAAAUAUAGAGCUACCAUAUGACCUGGCAAUUCUGCCAGAGAAAUGAAAGUUUAUGUCCACAUGAACUCUUGUAUAUGAAUGUUUGCAGCAGCAGGACUCUGAAUAGUGAAAAGGUGGAAACAAACCAAAUGUCUAUCAACAGACGAAUGGAUAAUCAAAAUGUGAUAUAUAUCUAUACAAUGGAAUAUUAUUCAUCCAUAAAAAGGAAUGAAGUACUGAUACAUGCUACAACAUGAACCUUGAAAACAUGCUCAGUGAAAGAAGCCAGUCACAAAACUCCACAUAUUAAAUUAUUCUGUUCAUAUGAAAGUCCAGAAUAGGGAAAUCUAUAGAGAUAGAAAGUAAAUUAGUUAUUGAUUAGGGCUCAGCAUGGGAGGGAUAGGGUAUUAGGGUUGUUGCUAAAGCGUAUGGAUUUUGAGGGGUGAUGAAAAUGUUCUAAAAUUGACUAUGGUGAUGGAUGUGCUACUCUGUGAAUAUACUAUAAUUCACUGAAUUGUACACUUUAAAUGAGUGAACUGUGUGGUAUGUGAGUUAUAUGUCAUUAAAGCUUUUUAAAUAUAACAAAUUAUUCUUGUUAUAUAUAUAUUUUAAAAGAAUCCAAAAGCAUGGCAGGCCUAAUCUUGAGAUCUAUGUAUUUGGGAAAUAAUUUUUCAAUAACUUGAAAAUUGCAAAAACAGCUCUCAGUCUUCAGUGUUGUAAAGAAGAGGAAGUAUGCAAUUUAAUAACGCAUUGGUUAAAUAAUAUCUUUAGAACUGUCACUAAUUGCAAUUUUGCAGUGUCCAUUCAUUUGUAAUUCUGUAAUGUGUACCAUGAAAAUGAUCUACUUGUGAAACUUUUCCCAUGGUAAUUCAAAAACAUUUUGCUCCUAAAUGUACAUUGUUUUCAGCUUAAAUGUUAAUUAUUUUAUUUAAUCAUGAACUCUCAACAGGUUUUAACAGUAACAUAAGUGAGUUUGAUCUUUGUACUCCUCCUGUGCAACAACACAGAGCUCUAUCUGAACACACACACAUCACAUGAAAAUAGAGCUCAUUGUUUUAUAUUACAGAACACAUUUUACACAACUUAUUUGGUACAUUUAGGAGUAUUUUGUGGAAAAUAUAAGACUCAGUGAGAACACAUGGUGGCGCUGCAGGUUAAAUGAUGAAAAACAGAAUUGCCUAUGCAGCUCCAGUAUCCAGCCAAACAAUUUCACAUUGCCUGGAAGCUAAAGUACGUUUUUCUUGGCCACAGCAAACGUGAAUCUGAAAUCUCUUUAAAACUAUAUUUAGUGGCAUAGUUUUGAUAUCUGGACUGCAGGACCAGACUACCAGGAUCCUGGACAUACACAAAGCUCCUGUAAACCAAAUUUUCAUGAAAGAGCAAUGGAGAUUGGCUGGAUGUGCUAUCUGAGACAAAGGCAAGUCCUAGUUUUCUUUGUUUUGCUGAGCAUGUUUGGGGUGGGUGCCGAGUUAGGUCCCUAUUCAGUAGUGGAAGAAAUGGAGAAAGGCUCCUUUGUGGCAAACCUAGGAAAAGACUUGGGGUUGGGAUUGACAGAGAUGUACAACCGCAGGGCUCGGAUCAUUUUUCAGGGGAACAAAGAGCAUUUGCAGCUCAAGGUUCAGACUGGGGAUUUGCUCAUAAACGAGAAACUAGAUCGAGAGGAGCUAUGUGGUCCAGCUGACCCUUGCUUGUUAUAUUUCCAACUGUUAAUGGAAAAGCCCUUAGAGAUAUUUCAGGCUGAACUGAGGGUGAAAGACAUAAAUGACAAUUCUCCCGUGUUCACCGAAAGAGAAAUGAUUCUAAGAAUACCUGAAAACAGUCCUCUAGGAAUUGCAUUCCCUCUGAGUAAUGCUCUGGACUUGGAUGUAGGAAGCAACAAUGUUCAAAACUAUAAAAUCAGCCCCAACUCCCAUUUCCGGGUUCUAACCCGCAAACUCAGUGACGGCAGAAUAUACCCUGAGCUGGUGUUGGAAGAAGAGCUAGACAGGGAGGAGGAGCCCGAAAUCGUUUUAACUCUAACGGCUCUGGAUGGCGGCUCUCCACCUCGGUAUGGGACCGCUCAGGUGCGCAUUGAAGUGGUGGACAGCAACGAUAACGCCCCUCAGUUUGAGCAGCCCAUCUACAAGGUGCAAAUUCCUGAGAACAGCCAUGUAGCCUCCUUGGUUGUCACUGUCUCUGCCAGAGAUUUAGACAGCGGAGUAUAUGGAAAAAUAGCCUACACGCUCUUUCAGCCUUCAGAAGAUAUUAGCAAAACUUUGGAGGUGAAUCCUGUAACAGGAGAAAUUCAACUGAGAAAACAAGUAGAUUUUGAAACAGUUCAAUCUUAUGAGGUGGACAUCAAGGCCACAGAUGGGGGAGGCCUUUCAGGAAAAUGCACUCUUCUCCUCCAGGUGGUGGAUGUAAAUGAUAAUCCCCCAGAAGUGACCAUGUCUGCACUCACCAGCCCUAUCCUGGAGAACUCACCUGAGAUUGUAGUUGCUGUUUUCAGUGUUUCUGAUCCUGACUCUGGGGAUAACGGGAAGACUGUUUCCUCCAUCCAGGAUGACCUUCCUUUUCUUCUAAAACCUUCAGUCAAGAACUUUUACACCUUGGUAACCAAGAGAGCACUAGACAGAGAAGAAAGAGCCCAAUACAACAUCACUAUCACCGUCACCGACUUGGGGACCCCCAGGCUGAAAACGCAGCACAACAUAACCGUGACGGUCUCCGACGUCAACGACAACGCCCCCGCCUUCAGCCAAACCACCUACACCCUGCGCGUCCGCGAGAACAACAGCCCCGCCCUGCACAUCGGCAGCGUGAGCGCCACGGACAGGGACUCGGGCGCCAACGCGCAGGUCACCUACUCGCUGCUGCCGCCCGCGGACCCGCAGCUGCCCCUGGCCUCCCUGGUGUCCAUCAACGCGGACAACGGGCAGCUGUUCGCGCUCAGGUCCCUGGAUUACGAGGCGCUGCGGGCGUUCGAGUUCGGCGUGCGCGCGGCCGACCGCGGCUCGCCCGCGCUCAGCAGCCAGGCGCGGGUGCGCGUGCUGGUGCUGGACGACAACGACAACGCGCCCUUCGUGCUGUACCCGCCGCAGAACGGCUCUGCGCCCUGCACCGAGCUGGUGCCCAGGGCGGCCGAGGCGGGCUACCUGGUGACCAAGGUGGUGGCGGUGGACGGCGACUCGGGCCAGAACGCCUGGCUGUCGUACCAGCUGCUCAAGGCCACGGAGCCCGGGCUGUUCGGCGUGUGGGCGCACAACGGCGAGGUGCGCACGGCCCGGCUGCUGAGCGAGCGCGACGCCGUCAAGCACAGGCUGGUGGUGCUGGUCAAGGACAAUGGCGAGCCGCCGCGCUCGGCCAGCGUCACGCUGCACGUGCUGCUGGUGGACGGCUUCUCGCAGCCCUACCUGCCGCUCCCGGAGGUGGCGGCGGCCGAGGCGCGGGCCGACCCGCUCACCGUCUACUUGGUCGUCGCCUUGGCGUCCGUGUCGUCGCUCUUCCUGUUCUCGGUGCUGGUGUUCGUGGCGGUGCGGCUGUGCAGGCGGAGCCGGGCGGCGUCUGCGGGUCGCUGCUCGGCGCCCGAGGGCCGCUUUCCGGGCCACCUGGUGGACGUCAGCGGCGCGGGGACGCUGUCCCAGAGCUACCAGUAUGAGUUUAUCCAAUUUCAUAUCCUCUGAGAAGACUCUCAAAGUGACUCAUGUAUACUUUCCCUUUGCAUUACACCCGAAAGAAGGCCAAGUAAUGAUGCAAUCUUCUUGCAGGUUUUCCGUCCUCUCAGAAAUACUACA